UUUACCGCUUUCAAUAUUCUCCAGCGUCGAAGCAUGCUGCUACGAACGGCCCUCAAAGCUAAAAAAUCUAACUUCCCUGUAUUAGCAAGUCAGUUUGCAUCAGUCACACCCAGUGCAAUCGCAGCUGUUUCCGAACGAUUUGCAAAAGGGGAUAUGGUUUCAUUCAGAAACACAGAAGAACGCACUGUGCUUCAAUUGAUGCAACAGGUUAACCUUGUUACAUCUUCAGUACCUGGCUCUACAUCUUCUCUAGUGAAUAUGAGAAAUGAAAUCAGAGCUUUGAUGAUCGACCAAGGCUUACCCAGUUUUUAUAUCACCAUUAAUCCCGCGGAUGUCUACAAUCCACUGGUCAAAUUUUUGGCCGGGUCUGAUAUCAACAUCGAUUGCAUGUUGCCUCGGGAUGUACCAGAGUAUUGGGACCAAGCAAUUCUCGUUGCUAAAAAUCCUGUCAUUGCGGCCAAGUUUUUUAAUGUGUAUUUGAAUGCUUUCAUU